AUGGGCAGCACGGCGCUGUCGGGAGCGCUGUGGCUGGGGCUGCUGUGGGCCGGGAGCGGGGCCGGGGGCAGCUGCCAGGGAAAGUGCUGCCAGGGCCGGGAUGCCACCUGCGUCGGCGAGGGCUGGAGGGAGGGAGGCGGCUACGGGACCUGCUACUGCGACGGAGGCUGCCGGCGAGCCGGGGACUGCUGCCACGACCACGGCCAGGCGUGCCCGGCUAUUCCCUGUGUUGUGGGGGAGUGGAGUCAUUGGAGUGGCUGUGCAGAACAAUGUCAUCCUGGGCUGCGGGUCCGUCGGCGCUAUGUACAACAGGAGCCUCAAAACGGUGGGGAGCCGUGCCCAGCUCUGGAGGAGAAGGCUGGCUGCCUGGAGUACCUGACUUACCAGGGGGAGGACUGUGGCCACGAGCAUGUCCCUGCUUUCAUAACUACCUCUGAAUACGGUAAAGAAAGAAAAAGACGAGCAGCAUCUUCUCUCUGGCCUUCAGACAAAGAAGCAGCAGGAUACUGCGUGGAGUUCCGGACGGAAUCCCUUUCCCAGCACUGUGCUUUGGAGACGCGCCCGCACGCGCGCUGGAUGCAGUACCUGCGCGAGGGCCACACCGUGUGCGUGGCCUGCCAGCCACCGGCCAUGGGCCCGGCCACGCGGCGCUGCUCCGGGGACGGCCACGGCGCACACGGAGAUAAAAUCCUACACUGGGAAGCAAUUGGCAACUCUCAGUGCCAAGGAACCUGGAAGAAGAUCCGGCAACUGGACCACUGUUCCUGUCCCCUGGUGCAUAGUUUUAUUUUUACAUGAAAGUUUAAAUGGCCUUUAAAAUU